AUGGUGGAAAUAUCCGAGAAUAAAACUUUGGAAGAAAUGGAGUCUGACAAGAAAUAUAAAAGAAUUAUAAGAGUUGUCAUUGCAGCACUCGCAGUUUUUUAUUUCUUAGUCACAUUGGUUUUAAUUCUUGGAUCUUUAAUUUUCAUACCAACAAUGGGAAUGCCGAUUUAUGUUAAGGUUCCUUGGACAAGAUCUAAUUCUCAUCCAUCUCAUGAAGUCAAUGUUGCAUUUUUGAUUUUGUAUAUGUCAGUUAAUCUUUUGAUAAUUGGAAUCGAUGCCCUUUUUAUGCUGUUCACAUUGCAUUGUGUAGCUGAACUGUCAGUUUGUUGCAUUUAUGCUUCAAAAAUUGAUCGACAAACAAAUCGAGAUUUUAUAAAAAUUUUUGUUAAGAAGCAUUUGCGUGUUCUUCAUCUCAUUGAGACGUCAAGUGAAGUGUUCAAUAUAAUGAGUUUCAUUCAACUUCUGACAUCAUUUGGAAUGGCAGUUUCUACUUUGAUUAAAUUAACAUCUGAAAUUGAUAUCAUGUCUAUCACAAUUAUGUCAGCUAUAGCAUCUCAAUUAUUUAUUUAUUGUUUUCUUGGCAGCAUUUUGUCAACUAUGUGUGAAAAGCUUCAAGAAUCAUUGUACUGUUCGAAAUGGUAUGAAAUUAAAGACAUUUCAAUAAAGAAAAACAUUUUGAUCAUGAUCGGAGAGAUGCAAAGGAAACAAGGAUAUUCAGCAUUUGGCAUUGUGAACAUAGAUUUGGAGACAUACAGUAAUGUUAUUAAAAGCGCUUAUGGAUUUUUCAACUUCUUAUUAAAAGUCUUGUAA